UCACACACACACCGGAUCUGCUCGGUUAGGAUCUUGCAUCUUGUUGUGGCUGUUGAACGCAGCAGCUCAAGUCGUUCCUGGCUAAAGAUGAAGCUCUGAGAUCCACGAGCAGAAACGAGCCUGGCUUCAGUCGCCGGACACGUCUCGUUGAAUCGUCUCGCUGUUUGGAGACUGUCCACCGGAGAGGACACGCUCCUCACGACUCAGCGACACGUCAGCGCCCGAGUGUUGUAGACUAUGAGUGUGGGUGAUGGAGGACAAUCAAUGUGGGGACGUGGACUACCUGAUCCAAGAUGAGGACACCCUCAUCGAAGGAGUCAGCAACCAGGUCUUGUUUGUGGUGGUGCUCAGUAUCACCUUCCUUGCAGGACUCCUCACUCUGCUCUGCAGACAAGACGAGCAGAACAUUCACCCUGAGAAUCAGGAGCACGUCCGAGCUGUCCGACAACAACUCCAAACAGAGCAGGAUGAAAGUCCUCAGGCGGAGGCCCGGCAGCAGUAUUACACAGACAUGUCUUGUCCCGUGUGUUUACAGCAGGCUGUUCUGCCUGUGGAAACCAACUGUGGACAUCUCUUCUGUGGCUCCUGCAUUAUAGCGUACUGGAGGUAUGGCACCUGGCUGGGUGCUAUCAACUGCCCCAUCUGCAGACAAAUGGUAACAUUGCUUUUCCCACUAUUUCAUGAGCAUGCUUCUCCUCAGAGGGUCCAGGAUGGAGAGGCAGAACCUCAGCUCAUAUUACGAGACAUCAAAGAUUACAACCGCAGGUUCUCAGGCCAGCCGAGAUCUUUUAUGGACAGGCUGAGAGAUGUUCCCACUCUGCUCCGUCAUGCCUUCAGGGAGAUGUUUUCCGUGGGCGGCCUCUUCUGGAUGUUCAGGAUUCGAAUUCUCCUCUGCCUCGUUGGUGCACUCACCUAUCUGGCCUCGCCACUCGACAUCCUUCCAGAAGCGCUUUUCGGUCUCCUGGGAUUCAUGGAUGAUUUCUUUGUUAUCCUGCUUCUCUUUGUGUAUAUCUCUAUCAUGUACAGAGAGGUGGUUACACAGAGACUGAACGGCUAGGUGUGGACGCUAAAAGACUGAAUAAAUGUAAUGAGGACAGUUCUUUAAUAAUGCCGCCUCUCUCUGAAGUGUGUAACUUCAUCACUGGAAAGGAGCUGGAUCAGCUGUGAAUGUUGACUCUGUUUGUAGAGUUCCCUGUUAAUGGUUCAUAGGUUGAAUGUGGUCAAAGCCACCGCUAAUAGAACGUAAUGAGGGUUGUGGAAGGAUGUGCUGCUCUGAAUCGCUGCAGUAACUGAAUAACUGAUGUGAAAUCCAGCCAAUUCUUUGAAAGCAUUGCCAAAAGCAGUCAUUUUAAAUGUGCAUAUCAUCAUAAUGGGGACAAUAUUGUAAUGUGAUUUUGAAUGUUCUGUCUUAAUUUUAUGCAUUUAAAGUUGACUUCCUGCUGUGUCCAUGUUGUCACCUGCCAGACAACCGAGUGUUACAAGAACUAAAUUAUCUUAUACAGCUUGUUUGGUCAGUUACACUGAAGAUGCUCUUAUGGAAUAAACCAGUGACUAUGCAUAUUCAUAAUGACAUAAAAAAUACAGCCUUUA